AUGACUAGUCAACAUAGUAUCACAGAUGAUCGGAAGAGCAUUACGCCACAGUCCCCUGCAGAAUUGGAGUUUCAGUUCCCUUCGAAAUACGAUGACAUAGAACAUCCAGUAUGGUGGACUCGGGACCGCCUGGUCUCCUGUUUCUACUCGCUCCCAGAAGACACCGUGUGGAACAGCUACAUUUGCAUCAUGUCGCUCUCCGCCAUUGUUUGGGUGGCGGUCGACUUCACCGGAACGCACUUGGAGAUCUUGGACGCGGCUUACAACAUCAGCUAUGCUGUGCAUGUCAUGGGCCUCGGAUACAAUCUCUUCGCCGGAGUUGAGCGGCCCAAUAUCAAUAUUAAGAUUCUGAUUGGAUUCUUAUUGGAUCUCGUGACGUAUUCUCAUUACGUGAGCCGCCAGCAGGACUUCAAGCUUGGCUGUUAUUUCAUUAGGCUACACCGACCUUUCAGAUACCUAUGGGAACUGAACAAUUAUUAUUUGAAUGGAAGUGUUCUCGGCACGACGCUCAAAUACUGCUACAUUUGCUUGGUUUUGAGGGUCACGUGGGCCCUCGUUUGGCUCAAUAUCGACCAGGCAAGUCAUGUUUUCAUAUUAGCUUGA